AUGAGGAAAUUCAGAGGAAAUGGAAAGUUCAUUCAUUCAAGUCAUGAGCAAAAUGGCGUUACAUUCAGGUAUUGGCUUUCGGAUUUGGCUGCUCCAACUCAAUCGGCAUCCACUGUCCAGGCAUAUAUUUCCCUCCACAACUUGUUCCUGCAACAAAAUUUUCAGUUGAAAAAUAGUUACAGCCAUGGGGAUGACAUAUCUAGGUUAGUGAGGAUGCUUUUUGCAAAGAAAGAAAUGAGGAUAUUGAUGGUUGGACUCGAUGCUGCUGGAAAAACAACGAUCCUCUACAAGUUGAAACUUGGAGAGAUUGUUACCACCAUACCAACAAUCGGAUUUAAUGUGGAAACUGUCGAGUACAAAAAUGUUAGCUUCACCGUGUGGGAUGUUGGAGGAGAAGACAAGAUUCGACCCCUAUGGAGACACUACUUUCAGAACACACAGGGCCUUAUUUUUGUGGUGGAUAGUAAUGACAGAGAAAGAGCAACAGAGGCCAAAGACGAGCUCCACAGGAUGCUAAACGAGGAUGAACUAAGCAACGCAACCUUACUUGUGUUUGCUAACAAGCAAGAUCUUCCAAAUGCCAUGACUGUUUCCGAAAUCACCGAUAAACUUGGUCUGCACUCACUUCGCCAACGACGCUGGUACAUCCAAGCUACCUGUGCCACCUCUGGCCAAGUACUUUAUGAAGGUCUUGAUUGGCUAUCCAGCAAUAUCUCUAGCAAGGCAGGACAUUAUGCCUGGCGGAUAGAUGACAGAGGAAUUCGAAUGAAGGUCGCCGGUGGUGGGCGACCAAUGAAUGAAGGUUGCCGAGUGUUCUGGGUGACCAAUGAAGGUCGCCAGGCUUGGCCGGCUGUGGGAGAAGACUUGGGAAAUGGCGGUGGUGGCUGA